CCUCUUCCCCCCGGACCGCCGUCAGGUGUAAACGUCUAAUUAGUGUGUGUCGAUUUUUAUCAAUUCUUAUAUAAAUUUAAAUUAGUUUAUUGCAGUCAAAAUAAUAGGAGUGCAUAAAAGUGCGGAGUUUACUCGAUACUAAAAAAGUGCCUGCCUGGACUUAUGCGACCCUGGUACCGUGAGUGAAAGACCAUCUCUCUCAUUCAUACUACAACCAUCAUUACGAGGAUCCGCCCACGUCGUCGUCAAUUGGUCGACCCUAUUAAAUGUAAACCAGAGCGCUUUUGUUUACGGAAGACCACUAAGAAGCGCAUACGCACUCAGCCACGCCCCUAAUGUAAAGACACUUACACACGAUCUUAUAGAGAAAAAAAAAAAAAAAAAUUAACUAGAAUUUUUAAUUGAAAUGGAAGUAAACACCAUGAAUAAAUCGCAAUCGGAAUCAGACAUUAACACAAUCAAUAUGACAGAAACCAUCCCGCAGAUGUCAAUGAUUACAGCGCGCGGCAAACGCAGAAGAGCAAAUGAAGACCUCAGUGUCGAAUUAAGCUGUUUUAAAGAGGAGAUGAGAGAACUUAUUAUCUCCAGAACAACUUCACAAGAGCAGGAGCUAAAAAAGAUAGUCCCAACCCUAAUAGAAAUUCAGCAGUCAAAUCGGAAUAUUGAAAACUCAAUAGCUUUUCUCACAGCACAGAAUGAGGAAUACAAGAAAAAAAUUGAGAAGCUAGAACAACAAGCGCUAGAAGAUAAAAAAUAUGUUACUCUUCUGGAAGACAAGAUUGAAGAUCUACAGAAAGGAAUGAGGAAAACUUGCUUUGAGGUAAAGAAUGUGCCCAGGAAGGAAAAUGAAACAAAAGAAGAUCUAAUUGAUUUGAUAACGUGCUUAACAAAAAACAUUGGAUGUGAAGUUAAUAAAAAGGAUAUAAAGGACAUUUACAGAGUUCGUGGGAAAAAGGAAGGA